AUGGAAUCAGAUCAGGGAAAGCUCUUUAUCGGCGGGAUUUCAUGGGACACCGACGAGAAUCUGCUGAGAGAGUACUUCAGCAAUUUCGGAGAGGUUUUGCAGGUGACGGUCAUGCGAGAGAAAGCCACAGGCCGUCCUCGCGGAUUCGGAUUCGUCGCAUUCUCGGAUCCCGCCGUAAUUGAUAGGGUUCUUCAGGAUAAGCACCACAUCGAUAAUAGAGAUGUUGAUGUGAAGAGGGCAAUGUCUAGAGAAGAGCAGAGUCCUGCAGGUAGGUCAGGGAAUUUUAAUGCUUCUAGGAAUUUUGAUAGCGGCGGUGGUGCUAACGUCAGGACUAAGAAGAUAUUCGUCGGAGGUUUGCCUCCGGCACUAACAUCAGACGAUUUCAGGGCCUACUUUGAAACCUACGGUCCAGUGAGCGACGCGGUCAUUAUGAUUGACCAGACUACACAACGCCCUCGAGGAUUCGGGUUCGUUUCUUUCGACUCUGAGGACUCUGUUGACCUUGUCCUGCACAAGACGUUCCACGAUUUGAAUGGGAAACAAGUAGAAGUUAAAAGAGCUCUUCCGAAAGACGCCAACCCUGGAGUAGCCAGCGGUGGUGGUCGUGGCGGCUCUGGAGGUUUUCCUGGCUAUGGUGGUGGUAAUUCUGGUGGAAGUGGCUAUGAGGGUCGUGUUGAUUCGAGUAGAUACAUGCAGCCUCAGAACGCUGGAAGCGGUUAUGCUCCUUAUGGUGCUGGUACUGGUUAUGGUACAGGUUAUGGUUAUGGAAGCAACGGUGUAGGUUAUGGGGGUUUUGGAGGGUAUGGGAAUCCAGCUGGUGCGCCUUAUGGGAACCCUGGUGUCCCUGGAGCUGGGUUUGGAAGUGGUCCAAGGAGUUCGUGGGGCGGUCAAGCGCCACCGUCGGGUUACGGUAAUGUUGGAUAUGGGAAUGCUGCUCCUUGGGGUGGUUCUGGUCCUGGGUCAGCAGUGAUGGGUGGUCAAGGAGGUGCGUCUGGAGGUUAUGGAAGUCAGGGUUAUGGCUAUGGUGGUGGGAAUGAUUCGUCUUACGGGACUCCGUCUGGUUACGGUGCUGUUGGUGGCCGGUCUGGGAGUGUGCCUAAUAACAGCCAUGGCGGUGGCUAUGCUGAUGGUUCAGAUGCCUAUGGGAAUCACCAAGGGAAUGGGCAAGCUGGUUAUGGCGGAGGUUAUGGAAGUGGAAGGCAAGCUCAGCAACAGUGA